GCGGCUCGUCUUUGGUGGAAAUUCGACUGUAUCUAAACGUUCUCGAGUCACUGUCCGGUUGAAAAUUAUAUGUUACCACCGAAUACGAGAACUGAAGCAGUUUUUCUGAAACCACGUGCACCAUUCAAACUGGCUGCCUUCAACGUUCACACAUUUAUGCAGGUCGGACAACAGAUAGGGCUGGCUAUGUCUUUGGAAAGUCUUAAUAUUGAUGUUUGUUGUCUAUCCGAGACCCAUAUUCAAGACUCUGGCGAAGCACUACAAAUUCGAUCUCCAUCUGUCGCUUCGAAAAGCUUGUUUUACGUGCGCUUAUCCGGGGACCCUGUGGCAUCUUCGUCUGGUCUUGCUGGCGUUGGUGUCGCACUAAGCGCUAGAGCUGAGGCAGCACUAGUCGAUUGGAUCCCCAUUAACAGUCGGUUAUGUGCUGUUAGAUUAGAAAGUUCCAUCAAAGUGAGAAGAAAUCGGCAGGGUUGCCCAAUUUCACCAUUCCUCUUCAACUUUGCCAUCGAUGACAUUCUGGAAACAGCUCUGAUGGGUGUAAGUAAUGGCGGUGUGGAUCUGUUGCCUGGAGAAAGACUUCUCGACCUUGAGUAUGCGGACGAUAUUGUCUUACUGUGCGAUAAUGCCCAAGGCAUGCAAUCCGCACUUAAUCAGUUGGCAAUCAGUGUCCGUAGGUAUGGUAUGUGCUUUGGACCUUCGAAGUGCAAAGUACUUCUACAAGACUGGCAGGAUUCUAAUCCUGUACUCACGUUGGACGGUGAGCAGAUAGACGUAGUUGAGAAGUUCGUGUAUCUGGGUAGCUGCAUAAGUGCUGGUGGGGUGUGAGUGAUGAGAUCAAUGCACGAAUAGUGAAAGCCAGAGCGGCUUAUGCCAAUCUGGGCCACCUUUGGCGCCUUCGUGAUGUUAGUCUGGCUGUAAAAUGUUGGAUCUACAGCGCGUCGGUGAGAGCAGUUUUGCUCUAUGCUUGUGAAACCUGGUCUCUUCGAGUCCUUUGAAAUCAAUUUUGACUUUCAUAGUAUCAUUCUUAAUUAUUAUUGCAUAAAUAUUUAUACUAAUAUCCGGUUUCACUCUGUAUACUAUUACAUAAAUCUAAAUGUACUCAUCCGAGUGCUUCGGAGGAUUUUUAUUUUAUUUUUCUCAAUUGCUGGUUUCCUUCUGAGGUUGCUAUUCAUUACACAAUUAUUAUUCUUAUCAUGGAUCAAAACUUUUCACCAAGUGUUCACUUCUCUUGUCUCUCUACUUUCCCUCUAAAUAAAUCUUAUUCUUAAGAUUACGAAGUUUGUAAUAAAGACAAUAACUUGUGUUACACUUAAAUUAACUUGUCAGACUCGUUUUAUCUUCACUAUGCAUAUAGGACUACUGAUACUUAUUGAUAUUUCAUUAUCUUUUUCACUCAAUUGAGACUUUCAUCGCAUCACUCCAAGCUAUGUGACUGCACAAACAUUUAUAUUCUAGCGUCAUAUCUUACUGCAAUUAUAAGUUAUUUUCUUGUUACUAAUUUAAUGAUACACACAUAGUCGUUUAUUCUUGUUCUGUGUUCGUAAACACGCCUAUUAGACUGUUUGCGUAUUUCACGUCUCCUUUAUUUCUAUUCCUUUAUUUUCUCCAUUUCCUUCUUUAAACUCAAUUCAACAUUCUUCUCAAUUGCAUAGACUCGAUUUAUUAUUAUUAAUUGUCUACUAUUAUUGCUCUAAAUUUUUUUUAUUUUUUUAAAUGGCAAGUAUAUUGCUGACAUUAUUGAAAAGUGUGUAUUAUUGCAUGUUUUGAAGAAAUUCGAAAUGGUUUCUUCACAACACUUAUGUACCCAUAAGAUGUUUGUGAAUAAUAAUAAU